CAAAUUGGAGAAAACAAAUAGACAGCUGUUCGCAGUCUCUCUGGCUCUUGUUCACAGGGAAAACAAUGGCAUCCGUACCUUCCAUUGGUUGCUUGCUGGCCAAAAAUCAGUAUUAUCGAAAGGCCAGUAUUUCUUCAGUUAGCUCUUUAACUGAUUCUGUUAACAUCAUACCUGAUGACAAAUCCCAACAAGGGUUACCGAAAGUGGAAGAAUCCAGCUGGUGGUUUAAAUCGUUUUUCCAUUCUGAACCUGUGCUUUCAGAUGUAAGAGGAAAAGAUCUGUCUGCUAGUGGGUAUGUCUUAAGUUUUUCUCUCAUAAAGAUAUUUCCUUAUCAGAAUGAAACAAUAUAG